AUGUGGAUCGAGAUUCGAAAUCUAUUCGAUGCAAUCAGCCAAGUAGCAUCUUUUGAAGAUGAUAAAAAAUCAGCGGAAAUCAUAUCACUUAUAGAAAAGUACAAAUAUCGUUUAUCAAAUGUUCUAAGCAAUAAUGUGAGUUUUUCACAUUCUUCUAAAAUGAAAAAUAUUUCAAAAACCCUGAUUUCCAGCCAAAAAAUGCCGCUGAUAAAGCAAAAAUCGUGCCAGGCGGAAAAAUCAAAUUCGACGAUGUUGAAAUCACAUUAGAUAGCAGUUUAUGUGCAGAAUCAAUGAUAAUCAGUGAUAUUUUCACAUUAAACGAGUUAGAUUCCGUGGAUUUGAUCCUUGCUGGAGAAGCUCAAAAAAUCCAUUUCGACGGGAUAAAUCGUGGAUUAAUCGCCGUUGUUUGCUAUUAUGAUGCUCAUCGACUUUUGAUAACUACACUUCGUCAAAUUUUGCGAUGGGAUCGAGAAGAAUUGCCAGCAAAGCUUGUACAACUUAUUGAUUCAACAUUUAUUCAAGCUAACGUAGUCAAACAUCUUUUCCGUAAGAUUUUCGAGUUGAAAGUUCUGAAAUAUCGUAUUUUUUUACAGAACUUCUCAAUUCGUUCAGUGUCAGCACCGAAUUCUCUCGUUUAAUGCAACCAAGUGUAAAUGGAUUGGGAGGCUCAAAACAUCAAAAAUUACUUCGAAACGCAAUCGAGGAAAUUCGACAUGAAAUUAUCACUUGCAUUUCAUUGAUUUGUGAAAAUCCUGGAGGAGAAGCAUUAAAUAUUGCAAACUAUUUCUUUGCAAUUGUCAAAUCAGUUCCUUUGGAGAAACUUAAUUUAACAAAUAUGGCUGCAUGGCUUUCGUUAAUCAAAAUAACAUCAAGUGAAGUUCUAAAUCAAGUUCCAGAUGCAACAUCUGUUUUGAAUUCAAUGAUAACACAUAUUCGAGAUGAAACAACUUGGACAGACCAAUCAAUGUGUGGAACACUUCAACUUGCUUGUGCAGUAUCAUUAAGAGCUUUAGCUUCUUCUCCAGCUGAUCAUUCAGGAAUUGAAAGUAUCAAAGUUGAUGUUGAUUUGAUUGUCGACAGAUCUAUCAAAAAUAUGGUAUUUCAAUAUUUAAGACAUGCAAUUAUUCGAAGUGAUCAUUUCCAAUUUGCUCAUCAAUUUGUUGUUGUUGAUGAAUUACUCAAACAACUUGUCGCAUUUUUCCCAGCAAAAUUAAUGGAAAUUGAAAGAAAUAGCAGUGAUGAAUUAGUGUUUUAUGAUGAAAAACAGAAAAUUGAUGAGAAACCGAAGACUGGAGAUGUUGUAGCCACUGAGAAAUCAGCAGCUCUUUCGAAUUAUGAGAAUUUUUUGAGAUGUUUCAUUGAUUUAUACGAAAUGGAGACGGAAAAAACAACAAAAACUGCAAAAGAAAGAUUGUUAAAUCAACAAAUUGCUGAAUCAAGUAGUGCGUUCAGCACGGAAAAAUCAAUGGAAUUAUGUAGAUUAUUGGAAAGAUCUCGUCUUCCACAUCAUGUUGUUCAUGCAGUUGCAUAUUUGGAAUUUGCUGCGGCUGUUUGUAAAAAUCAUCUAACCGCCUCAUUUUUAUAUGAUAUUUUUGCAAGAGAUUAUUAUGGAGGAAGUUCGGAUGUUGUUGGAUGGGAAACUUUGAUGACUGCAUUAAGAGCUUAUGAUCGAUUAUUCAGAGAACAGAAAAAUCAAUUAUUUUCUGCUUCAAGGAUUCAACAACAACAACAACAACAAAAUAAACCAGCGAUUGAUAAAACACAAAUACCUGCACAAGAAUUGGCUGGUUUAAUUGCGUGGCUUCGAUUAUCGACAAAAGUUGCAUUAUUGGAUGAUAUUGCUGCGCAAAGAUUUUCGGAUGAUCAAAGUUGGGGAGUUUUGAGAUCAGUUGCAUCGAUUGCUAGUUCAUCGGUUCCUUUGCCUUUGAAAGCUGCGUUGAUUAAUUUUUUGACAGCUGUCGCGAGAUUGAGAGGAUCUGCUGUUAGGUAGGAUUUUUGGGAAUGAGAUUGGGUGGGGUAGAGUAUUUUUCAUGGAAACAGUGAAUUUUUUAUCUUCAGAAAUCCAUUUUUUUGGGUUAAUUUUACCAGCAAUUUUGGUCCAGAAUAUACUUUAAAAAAAAAUAGUUUCAAAAUAAUUUUGAAACAGCUAUUUUUUUUCUUGUUUAAUCAAUGUCUGCAUUACACUCUCCUUUGAGAUUGAAAUGAAAUUAAUUCAAAAAUUAUUCAUAAUAUUUUGAAAAAGUGUUUAUCGUUCAGUUAUUAAUUUUUAGAAAAGUCAUACAUAAAAUGGGUCCCCAGAAUCGGUGUGAGGGGCUCAACUUUUUUUCAAAAAUCUGAAAGGAAGGGUGCCUAACUUGGCCAAUUUUCUGCUGAUAAUUUACCAAAAUUCCCAGAUUUGUCCAAAAUUCGCUCAAAAAUAUGAGGAAGGUGUUUAACUUUGGAAAAUUUUCAAGGGGGGCCCUAACUUUGAAAACUGACUCGGGGUGCCUAUUUUAUGUAUGAGAAAAGUAUUUAAAAAAUGAACAAUUUUUGAAACAGCAAACAAAUCUAAUAUUAUUUCAAUUUUUUUCAGAGUUUGGCAAGUAAUCCACACAAAUCAACUGUGCUAUUUCGCUGAAAAUGGUCAAUUAAUGGGAAUGCAACAAGAAUUAGAAGAACGUGAAUGUGCGGCCAAACAAUAUGACGUGUCACUUUCAUUUGUUCGACUUGUUUCAACUCUUAUUUCUCACAAACCACUUCCCGAAUAUUCUGGAGCAUUCAUUCAAUUCAUAACUCGAUCGAUUCUAUCACAAUUUGCUUCGAGAAGUUAUAAUGAUAUUGGACAAAUGUGGAAUUUGGCUGAACAAUCAUUGAAAGCAACAAAUACAUUAUUGGAAUAUGGAAUUGUUGAACCGAGAUCUGUUGCAAAUAAUGAAAUACAUAUUGCAUUACUCAGUCAAUGUUUGAAUGAUACACCGCUUUUCAGAGCUGUAAGUUUUUUGGCAAGAAAUUUUGUUCAGAAUGAGGAUUUUAGCCCGAAAAUACAAUGAUUUUAUUUUAUUUGCAAAAUUUUUUUAAAUAAAAUAUUUUGAAAAUGGAAUCUCAAAUCAAAAAUCCCACAAUUCAAAUUUUUUAAGGUAGACAUUUUUAUUAAAAAAACACGUGAAAUAUCGGCUUUAAAAAUUUGAAAACAAUAUUUUUAAUUUUGUUGAUUUUUCAUUAGAAAACUACGUGGAUUUCUGUAAAAAUUAGUAACAUUUCCAAUUUUUCUGUUCGAAAAUAAAAUUUCCCAAUAUUUGUACGUUUCAAAAAUUUAUGAAAUAAAAACUCCCCUGACUUUAUGUUAGUAAUUCCUUGCCUCAUUUAUUUACUAUUUAAUAAUUUUCAGCUGGCCAGAAUAAUAAUGGAAGAUUGUCAAGCUCAAACCGAUCCAUAUACAUCAAAACAAACUGCAUCAUCGGAUUCGGCAUUGAUUGCGUUGAGAAUUUUGUCAAGUGGGUUUUUGAAGGGUUUCUCAUUUUAUACGCCGAGUUUAGAGUAUUUUCGGGUUUCAAAUUUCAAUUUUUCACCAAUUUCUAUUGAAAAUUAUCACUUCCCAUAAAAUUUGUUUUUUUUUUCCAGGAGCUAUUGUUCUUCAUUCUGCACUUCGAGCGUGUUCUCGAGUUUCGUCAAGUGAUAUAAUUGUUGCAUCAAUUCAAGCAUUGGUUUUCACACCAAUUCAUUCCUCAUCGCCUUGUACAAUUUUGGAUCUCGUUUUUCAGUAUUUACAAAUGGUGAGGGGGAUUUUAUCUAAUUUGUUGUUAUCUGAAAUUUGGGGGAAAAAUUUGUUUCUCAAUUUUUAUCGCUACAGUUUAGUCUGAAAAAAGAUCAAGUUUUGGCGCCAAAAAUUGCAUUUUUUUGGUCUCAACACGAAAAAUCUUAUUGUCAGACUAAUUUUUGGCUUUAAGAUGUUUUAUUAAAUUUUACAAAAUAUCAUAACCUUGAGAAAUCGACCUGAAAAAAAGAUUUUGAAAAUAAAUCUAAAUUUUGAAACGUAUUUUUGCGAUAUUUUUCAAAAUUUUGCUCAAAACUCCCAUUUUCCUCCAGGCUGAUGACUAUCCUCUCCAUGCUCUUUAUGCUGCUCGAAUUUUCCGUGACGCCACCGCAACACGUGGAACAGUUCAAGGUUCAAUGCUCGAAUUAUUGCGAUCUCGAAAUUCUCAAUCACUUCAUAUUCGAGCAAUUCGUACAGCUCUUUGCGUUUCUUCAAUUCAAUAUACAAUCAAUGAUUCUCUUGAAAAAGAAGAAGAAACAACGAAUCCAAUUUAUGCACGAGGUGAAACAGCUCGAAUUAUAUUGGAAACAUUAUCGGAUUCAAUUGAUUCGUCACAAAAAACGGCGAGAAAUGAAGAUUCCAAUAAUAUUACAUAUUAUCUUUUGGCUUUUCGAUCGAGUAGAGGAAAUUCCAAGGAAUUGUAUGAUAAUGGUAAGCGGUUUUGAGGUUGAAAAAACAUUCUGCUUCCACGUUAGAAAGUUUUCAGAUGAUUUGCUGACUGGCCUUCACUAUGUUCUUCACAUAAUCGAACAAUUCAUCGCCACAAAAUCGCCAUUUGAUCUACCAUUUUCUGCUCUUUUAGAACCCGCUUUUCGACUUAUGGUAAGUCAAAAAUAUUCAAUAAUCUCAAAAUUCCAAAAAUUAAGCAACGACUUGUCUCAAUGAAUUGUCCAUUUUCGAAACCGGUUUUGUGUUUUAUGAGAAGUUCAAAUGUUAUUGAGAAAUUGGUUACUUCGCCGUUUGUUUGCUCAGCACUGGCUUUGGUGAGUUUUUGGGGUGAAACAAUGGGAAUUUUUAGAAAAAAUACCGUUUUCAAAAAUCUGAAAAAAAUUUAAGUUAUGGCUGGAAAAUGUUCUUAUAAAUUUAUCACACGAAAAACCGAAAAAAAAAUGUUGUUCAUGAGAAAAUUUCACAGUGAAAAAUAGCAAAACAACAACGAUAAAUAUUUACUGUUUCAAAAAAUUAUAAUAGUUUUCUCCAAAUUUUUAUCAAUUAUGAAUGUUUCGCCCAUUAAGUGAAAAAAUAUGAAAAAUAGAAAAAUCUUGGAAAUUCCGAUUUUUCCAACACCAAACAAACAUAUUUUUGAAGUCCUGAGAAUCCCCAAUAUCUCCUCCACAAAUCAUUUUUUUUGCAGGAAGAUGAAAUCGAUAACACAUAUGCAACUGGUGUUUUCUCAGUUCGUCGAAUGAUUGCCGGAUAUAUUUUGCAUUUUGCUGCAGUUGAAAUUUAUGCAAUGUUAACAACUGGACAUUUCACAAGACCUGAAACUCUUUAUAGAGCACUUUUAGAAUCUUCGAAAUUGGUUUCAGAAUAUACAAUGAGUGAAGAAGAAGAAGAAGAAGGAAAUGAUCCGAAUUUGUUAUUUUCAUUGCUUCGUCGAGCAACAAUUAUCAAACGAUUUGAUCUGAGUUAUCCUGAAUUGGUACAUUUUGAUGUGAAUAAAUUACACGAAUUAUUUGAUGCUUGUUUAACAAUUACAAUUUAUGGAGUUGCACAAUAUGACGUGGCAUAUUUGGAUAAAUUAUUGAGACGAGAAAUUGAUGCAGUUUAUAAAGAAGGAGAUGAUUUGAAAUAUGUUAGGAAAGAAAUGGAAAAUGUAUUGGAAUAUUGUACAGAAGUGAAUGCGAAUUUGUUGAGCGAAUCUGCGAGUGAAAGAAUUGUUAAUGGAUGUACGGCAUUGUUGAAUGUUUUUGCCGCAUUUGCGCCUGUUCAUUUCUUUUCGAGCAAUAUGCAGUGGGUUUUUUUCUCUCAAAAAAUUCAGGGAUUUCCCAGAAUAAAAAAAAAUUGAAUAUAAUCGAUGAAUUUCACGCUAUUAUUUUCUGAAACUCAAAAAAACUGGGAAAUUUUAGAAAUUCUACUCAAAAACAAGAAUAUUGUUCAAAUGGGAUUUGUCAGUCUCCGAAAUUUCAGAAAAUUCUGAUGCCAGAUGUUUUUGCAGACUCUGUUUCAUCGAAAUUUCUGGCUUUGUUCACCUGAAAUAUGUUUAAUUUCAACAGAUUUUUUGGUGUUGAAAAUUUUCUAAAUUUUUGAAAAACUGCUCUCAAAAAUUAAAAUUUUAAUUUUUUCAAAAACAAGAGGAAUUAAAAAACUUUAACUUUUGAAUUUUCAAUUUUUCUGUCUCAAAUUCUCAAAAAAUUUUACGUAGGAGUUUUGAAUUUAUUUUUCUCAUGUAAAAUAUUCCGAAAAUUUUACGUUUCAAAAAAUAUAUGAAUACCCGCUUUUUUUUUAGGUUUUUUGUUUGAUAUGAUAUAUUAUAUUUAAUUAUUUUUUCAGACUAACAAUUUUCCGCGAUUCGUGUUAUGUUUUGAUUGAAAUGAUGUCUGGAAUUGGUGGAAGUUCACUUGUUUCAGCAGUUCAAACAUUUCAUCGAAUGGUUGAAACUGUGACGAAAUUGGCAAAAGACGAAUAUUCGAAGGUAUGCGAAAGGGAAAUUUGCGGGUUUGGGAGAAAAAUUUAGAGUUUGGGCAAAAUACUGUUUUUGGCCAGAAAUUGGAGAAAAUGUGGAAAUUUUGAGUCUAAGUUAUGAAAAGUCAGAAUAAUAUUCUGAUAUUAUUGAUUGAAAAUUCUGACCUCAAUAAAUAAUUGGCUCAAAAUUUUGGGUUUUAAAAUAUAUUUUUUAGCCUGAAAUUCAUAAAUAUCUGAGUAUUCAUUGA